AUGCAGAUUCAGUCGGCCACGGAUGUCAUGAUGUGCCGAGCCUUCUCAAUAACUCUCUCUGGGUCUGCUCGGAGUUGGUAUCAACAACUAAAACCAAAAUCGAUCGGCUCCUUCACAGAGCUCAGCAAACUGUUCCUUACCCAGUUCAUCUCUAGUAAGAAGAGUCGGAAGUCGACUACCCAUCUGUUCACCCUUAAGCAGGGGAACAAAGAACCACUUAAAGAUUACAUUGCCCGCUUCAACGAGGAGGCGUUGUUAGUGGAGGAUUACGAUGACAAAAUGGUGCUCUCAACCAUGUUUAGCGGGCUCAAAGAAGGAAAGUUCACCUUCUCAAUCGGGAAAAAUCCGCCGAUUACCUUAGCCGAGCUAAUCAGCAGGGUUCAGAAAUACACCAAUGCCAAGAAAUUCUCUAACUCAUGCAGGAACAUCAAAAUAUCCGAAACGUCAUCAAAAGAAAAAAGGCCAAGGUACGAAGAACCUCAGUCAUCCAACAAAAAGCCUGACAACCGAGCCCAUCGUGAUUGUCGACCAAGCCAGAGACUCGAAGGCAAAUUUCGUUCGUACACCCCUCUCAACACCUCUACGGAGCAAAUCUUGUUGGAUAUCAGGGGUCAAAGACUCCUGAACUGGCCUGUCUGCAUGAAGGCCGACGCAGAGAACCGGGACAAGCACAAGUACUGCCGGUUCCACUGUGACCACGACCACAACACGAGCGACUGUGUGGAUCUCAAGGAUGAAAUCAAGACCCUUAUCCGUAAGGGCCAUUUGCACAACUACACUAAGGAGGAGAGGUUGGCUCAGAAAGAAGAACGACCGAGCAAAAUUGCGAAAGAACCUACUAAAAUCAGAACUAUCUACGAUGGUUCAUCUGGUGGAGGCAACUCGAACAAGGCUCGCAAAUCCCACUCUCAAAGCUUAGACCGUAAGCACUAUGUCCACUUGGCCGAAAGGCCGACGAAAGAGCUCCGCAUCAGCCCCUGCAGCUUGACUUUUACAGAAGAUGACGCGCGCGGAAUCCAGCAUCCGCACUGCAAGUGCUAUGGUUUCUAG